UCGGUUAAUACUUAAUAAAGUGAUUUGGAAAAAAAAAUAAAUAAAUUGCCACCGGUUCUCAAACCAUUUCAUACACUGAACUGUAAGGUGUAUUUGUUUUAUUAAUUAAAAUUUCUUAGACAAUGGCGGAAGAUGAAUCAGAAACGAAAAAAUCGACAAGACUCGCUCCUCCAACAGAGGUGAUGUUUACUAGUAGUACGAGCAGGAAACUGAACCAGCAUUGGGCCAGACCGGUUUUCCUCCAAUAUAAUUACUUGUACAAGUAUUACCAUAAUUAUUACGACGACUAUAUCGACUACAUGGACAGUAGGAUGAGGGGGCUUGUAAGGGACAAGCCGAGGCCUCAGACUUGGGCCGAACGAGCUCUCAGGACUUACGCGAGGGAUACGUACUCUUCAUCGACAAUGCACAGGCUGCCGAGGUACCAACACAGCAAUUCGACAAUGCACUAUUCGUCGUUUCAGGCCAACACCUGGCGCAGGGAAUUUUCGAAAGAUUAUUGCAACAGAAAGUACAAAUCGAUUCUCCUUUAAUACUAGAGAAUUCGUGUGGCUUUCAGCGAAAAAAAAAAAAA